UCCUCUGUAGCAACCAGUAAACGGCGUAGAAAGGCUGGGAUCCAAACACCUGUUGCUCCAACAUGUCUGAAUAUGCCCGUGAAGUCAAAUCUUUGCUUUCACCGGGUCCCUGCUACAUCCCGGGGUACACAGGACACUGCCCUGGACUCAGGUUCAGCAUGGGCAAACCUUACGGGAUGCUCACAGCCGAACUGCUGUCUCAGAGGACAUGGCACCCAGAGUCGGACAUAACUCAUCUGUCAGAAAACAUUCCUGAUGACGUGUUUCGGAAGUCAAUACCAGGAUACACAGGUUUCAUUCCAAGAAGUCGGAACUACUACGGCUGCAACUACAAUGUGACCUGUAAGAAAGCACAGAGUGAAGUUUAUCUGGCAGAUCAGGUGAAGCGCCAGCAACGAUCAAAGCGUCUUCCUAGCAUCAACACCUAUGGCAGUGAACACCUUGAAAGAGCCAAAUCUCCGGUGACAGCAGCGUUGGACAAGGUGUUUGUCUACCAGUCCUUACAGCCUUUCAUUCCUCCAGGAAAUCCUUACCAAAUGGAAGAUGAUAACCCCAAGAAGUACUUCAUCCCAGGGUUUACAGGACAUGUGCCAUUUGCCCACAACUUCUAUGGCAAAGGAUUUUCCAUCACCACCAAUCAGGCACUAAAAGAGUAUGGGAAACAUCAGAGACGCUUGAAGGCAGACGAAAGAGAUCCAACACACCUGCCCACGUUCUAUUCAUCCAAAAAAGGCGUGAUCCCAGGAUUCACGGGGCAUAUACCAGGAUACAAGUUUAUGGUGGGGGGUACGGUCGGCCGGCUCUCUGAGGUCGCAUAUGGAAAGACCUUCAGUAAAAUUACCGAUCCAUGAAAGCCUCCUGCUUCCCCUCCAUAGAGCACAACAAUUCUCUACCGCGAGCAACCUCCUAGAAAAAUAAAACUGAUUGCAGUUUAAA